GCGCCUCUCUCUCGAAUCAACCCUCCCUUCUCCUUCUCCUUCUCCUUCUCCUUCUCCCUCCCUCAAUCGGAAAAAAACCCGCCUAGUUGUCGUCGCCUCCGCCGCCUAGCUGUCGUUGCCGUUGUUGUUAUUGACGGAAGCAGAGGAAGCGGAAGCAGCCCAAGGUUUUCCUCAACUCCAUUACUUCAGGUAACUUCCCUUGCAUCCUGUUUGGCCGCGAAAACUCUGUUUGGCAUGACCAUGACCAUCCCCAUAGCCUUUCCGUGCUUAGAUUUGUCUUCCUGCUGGCUGUUAUUUUUCAUUCUGACUUGCGUUGACGCUUGCUUCCUUACCUUAUCUCUCUUUAUCAACUUUCUAAGCUCCCGCGAGAUGCAACCCUAUCACUUUUCCUUGAUCCGAUUUCCCUCUGGAAUGGGUCCGUCGGCAUAUGUUUAAUUUCCCCCCCAGAUCUUCUCCUUCUGCCCCCUCGUUAGGGUUCCAGUCCCAGAAUUUUCUGUUUCCUAUUUGUCUCCGCUCGCUUGCAGCUAAUAAGUCAGAUGGGAAAGAAGGGGAAGUAGCAUUCCCUGUUGAGAGAGAGAGCCUUUCUAAAAAGCAAGAUGCCAAAGGGACUGUCCUUAUCAUAAACAGAGUCCCAUACAUAUCUUUUGAUUUCAAUGCGCUUGAUAUCAGAGCUCUCAAUGCAAAAAAUCUUAAGUGUUAAAAGGGAAAGAGGGCACACAACAAAAGUUGGUGAAAAAUUGAUUAGCAUUGGGGUAAAACAAAAAUGGGUUUGGAGGAAAUCAUGAUUCUUUAGAUUGGGAUUUGUGAGGGGGACCUCACAAAGGAAUGAAAUGGCACUUGUCAUCCUAUUAUUUUUACACAAAAUUUUGCUGAGAAUGACUGAUAGAAAUGGGUGCUAACAUAACAUCAAGAUGCAUAACCAGCCAUUCCACAGCAAAUAAAGAAACGAUUCUGUGGUCCUCUGAAGAUGACACUUGACAGAUCUUAUAAAGAGAUGCUAAAGAUGGUAGCUUGAGAUGAUCGGUGGUUGAACCAGUCAGUCUAUGAGGAGCAAUCUUUAAUGAUAGAAGGCGAACUAUGUAAUGGUUAAAGAUUCAGUGCAAGAAAUCAAAACUUCCCUCUUAACAGAUCCUCAGAGCUCAUAACUAAACUGAUGAUAAUAAGUCAGUGUCUGACUGUUUCUGUCGGUUGUGAAAUUCGUUUGCUCUAAGCUCAUGAUUCUUGUUCACCCGUGAUUAGGAAUCUUCCUUGAGCUUUUGGUGUGGUAAUGCAGGUCCGGCGAGGUAGUUGAUGGGCACAUCCUCUCUGGUUCCAACAUCCACCACCAGAAUAACUCUGGCAAAUUUGAGAAGUGUUCACUUUCAAGACCCAGAAUAGAGUUCACUCUAAUGGCUUUAACUUGGCAUGUCCCCUGUUAAAAACAAAAAAACAAGCCAAUAAUCGUCACUAGAAGCUUGUAUAUGUUUAUUGGCAUUGAUUCUAAAUUAAGUGGAAGUUACCUUCUUGUUAAGUAAUAAAUCCCUAGCUGCACGUAUUUUAAAUUAAUGUUGCAUACUUGCAUUGCAUAUAACAGGAGAUGUGAUUGCCUUUGCCUGAUCAGGGUGCUCUCCUAAGUAAACCUAUUUAAGACCUACAUUUUUAAAACUAAAAGACACAGGACUUGAUUUGUUUCACUUCAUAUCCAAGAGGAGUAGGAUUCAACCAAAAGUUAGAAAUAACUGUCAACGUCCUAUAAUGGUUCUGUAAGACUGUAACCUUAAUGAAUCAUUUGCAAAAUCAAACUUGUUUAUGAUAUAUUCAAGCAAAAUCUAGUCACUCAUUUGUGUAAUAAUGUAUCUUCAUGUUUUUUUCAUUGCAAUAUGGUGAUUGGUGAGUUUGUUUUAAAUUAGUUUAGUAACUAAUUAUAAAAAAACUCGAUGGUUUGGACCGAACAACCCGCAACCCGACCUGUUGUAACCCGCAAUCCGAUCAACCCGAACCCGAUUGAACCGCAACCCGAUCAACCCGUAACCCGAUUGAUCCGCAACCCGAUCAACCCGAACCCGAUCAACCCGCAACCCGAUCAACCCGCAACCCGAUCAACCCGAACCCGCUUGACCCGCAACCCGCUUGACCCGCAACCCGAUUGACCCGCAACCCGACUGAACCCGACCCGAACCCGCCCGAUUGACACCUAUACCCAUGAGACUCAUUUCAAAUUCAUUUUUCAUGUCAUUUUCGAAUUCAGAGCACAAUUUAGGACUUGUGGAGCCAAAGAUAAUGUCAUCAACGUACACUUGAACCAGAAGAGUAUCCUUAUCUACAGUUUUUAUGAAAAGAGUUUUAUCAACCUUACCUUGUCGAAAUCCUUUCUCAAUUAAAAAAUUGCUCAGUUUUUCAUACCACGCCCUAGGAGCUUGUUUUAAUCCAUACAAGGCCUUAUUUAAUUUAUAUACAUAGUCUGGAUGUUCAGGAUCUUCAAAACCAGGUGGCUGGGAUACAUAAACUUCCUCUUUUAGAUCACCAUUUAAAAAUGCACUCUUAACAUCCAUUUGGUAUAGUUUAAAACCCCUAGAAGCAGCAUAUGCACAUAAUAGUCUAAUGGCUUCUAACCUAGCUACAGGAGCAAAAGUUUCAUCGAAGUCGAUUCCUUCUUCUUGACAGUAUCCCUGAGCUACUAAUCGAGCUUUGUUCCUAACAAUUAUCCCAAUUUCAUCGGUUUUAUUUCGAAAGAUCCAUUUUGUCCCAAUAAUUAUUCUAUCUUUUGGUCUAGACACCAAGUCCCAGACCCUGGUUCUGCCAAACUGAUUAAGUUCAUCAUGCAUAGCCAUAGACCAGAAUUCAUCUUUUAAUGCAUCAUCAAUAUUUUUUGGCUCAACUUGUGAGACAAAUGCAGAAUGUUCAACUGAAUGCAUGGAUCUAGUAAGCAUACCUUGUUUCAUAUUGCCAAUGACAAGAGAUGGAGGAUGUCUGCGUCUGAUGUGGGGUGGUGCUUGAAGUUCACUCCUUUCCUCUUGUUCAUUCUCUGUUGUGUUAGUGACUGCUACCUUUUCUUGAGCAUCUGGUGGUUGCUUCUGGUCACUCCUAGUCCCUAAACCAAAAUCAUCAUCCUCGUCCAAACUUUCUGCACACUUAUCACAAGAUUCAUCAAAUAUCACAUUGAUGGACUCCUCGACCUUGAGGGUCCUUUUAUUGUAGAUUCUGUAUGCCCUGCUACUUUCAGAAUAUCCCAGAAAAAUUGAUUCAUCGGAUUGAGUCAAAAUUUCCUAGACUGUCCUUGGUAUUUAGAGAAUAGCACUUGCAUCCGAAUGGAUGAAAGUAACUCAAGUUAGGUGUCCUGUUCUUCUAGAGUUCAUAAGGGGGUUUUGUUCAGUUUAGAUCUAAUGAGAGCCCUGUUAGUUACAUAGCAUGCAGUAUUUAUGGCUUCUCCCCAGAACUUCUUUGGUAUGCCAUAAUCAUUCAGCAUAGUUCUAGCUAUGUCAAUUAGUGUUCUGUUUUUUCUUUCAACAACACCAUUCUGCUGUGGUGUCCUAGGUGCAGAAAAGUUGUGGGAUAUUCCCUUUUUAUUACAGAACUCUUCAAACUUUUCUGAUACAAAUUCCCCUCCAUGAUCACUUCUUAUACUCACAACACCUAAUUGUUUUUCAUUUUCUAUUCAUUUGACAAUUGUUUUAAAAGUUUUAUAUGCUUCAUCUUUGCUGAUAAGAAAAAGUACCCAAGUAAAUCUGGAGAAGUCAUCCACAAUCACAAAAGCAUAGUAUUUUCCCCUAAACUCAUUACAUUGCUAGGUCCAAACAAGUCUAGAUGAAGCAGCUCUAAUGGUCUAGUGGUUGAGAUGACUGGUUUUGAUUUGAAAGAGGAUCUAAAGUGUUUUCCCUUAGCACAUGCAUCACAGAAGAAUUCCUUCUUGCUGUGUAGCUUAGGAAUUCCUCUAACUAGAUUCAUAUUAACUAGUUUUGACAGAAUACCAACACUUAUGCGUCCAAGCCUUCGGUGCCAUUCAGUUUGAUCAUUCUUGUUAACUGUAACUAGACAGGUUUCAUUGAAAGCUGAUUUGUCCUCAAGAUCAAUUGUAUACAGCUUUCCUUUGCGCUUUCCAGUGAAAAUAAGCUUUUUGGUCUCAAUGUUUUCAACAUAGCAUUUGUCUUGUUCAAAAAUGACACUGUUUUCACUGCCACACAUUUGCCCUGUGGAGAGAAGAUUAUGUUUUAAAUCCUUAACUAACAAGACAUUGCUAAUAGAAGGUACAGAUCCUACUUGACCCUUCCCUAGUAUUUCAGUGCUAAAGUUAUCACCAAAAAAGACUUUUCCUUUGUUUUCUAAAUGCGGUUUUGAAAAAGAUUUUUACUACCAGUCAUGUGAUGUGAGCACCCACUGUCGAGUAUCCAUACGUUGCCUUUCGUGCUCACUUGAAGACAGGUCUGAAAACAAACAGAUAGGACUACUUAGACUUAGGCAUCCAAACAAGUUUAGAUACCUUCCAUGAUUGACAGUCUUUGAGAUGUGCUUUAUUUGUUUGUCUUAUGUUAUGUUCACAAAGGGCUUUGUCUUUAUUUUCUUUGGCAAUUCUCUUCUUACAGUGAGCAAUAAAAUGACCAGUUUUAUGACAGUAAAAGCACUCUGAGUUUUUGACCCUUUUAAACCAUUCAUGUUGAUUGACUAGACCCUUGGUUGGAGCAUGCCUAUUCAACUUGCUUUUAAUCCUAGAGUUCUUAAUUAAUUCUUCUUCUGUUUCUUUAAUCUUCUUCUUUAACAAGGCAUUUUCUUCCUCUGAUAUUCUGAGUUUGUUUUCUAUACUUAGUUUUUCAUUCUUCAAUGCUUCAAGCUCAGAUUCUAAUGUUUCACACUUGGCUUUGGUUAUCAUAUGUUUAUGCUUAACAUUUACAAACUCCUUUUGAAUGUCUCUGAUAGUUUCAUCUAAUUGAUCAUUAUCACUAAAGGAGUCAGAAUAGUAAGAUCUUACUUGUGAAACUUCUUCAUCACUUUCAUCGACAGCCAUGUAUGCGCUAUAUUUCUGACAGGUCUCAUCCUCAUCUUCCUCCUCCUCGCUGCAGCUCCAGGUAGCAUAAGCUUUCUCCUUUUUUGUCAGGGGACAGUCUGCCUUGAUGUGUCCCUGCUUCCCGCAUUUGAAGCAUCCAGCUUGAGACUGGAAUCGUUCUGAACUGGCUCCUUCUCUUUUGCUUCGGGUCAUAUUUCGAUUUCCUUUGCCAGGAUCCUUUGUCAUUUCCUGCUUCUCGUUGUCUGCCAGGGAAGUUUCCUCCUUUCUUUUCUCUUCUUAUCUUCAGCAGCUUGGCAACAUGCUUGCUAAGCAUGGCAAGUUCCUCUUCUUCCAUUUCAUCGAGACACUCUAAUUCAUCUUCCUGUGAUGUUACUUUGAAGGCUAUUCCUCUUUUUUUCUUUCUUCGGCCCUUCUAGAUCCUCUCUCUUUAAUUUUUCUUCAUGUGUGAUCAGAGAGUCGAUUAGUUCAUCCAGGCUCAAUCUGGUGAGAUCCUUUGAUUCCUCGAGUGCUGUGACUUUGGGAGUCCACUUCUUUGGUAAUGCCCAGAGAACUUUUCGAACCAAAUCGGCACUGGCAUAUUCAACCUCCAAGUUUCUCAGGCUGUUCACUAUGGUAGUGAACCUCUCGUUCAUAUCUGAUAGACCCUUAAUUACACAUGUUUUUACCCCUGUUCUUACACCGUUUGAGGUGUUGACUCUCGUGUUUUAGGCCGAUUUCACCCUAGGUUGUGCUUGUUUGUGAUAUUUCAGGUCCUAGUACGUGAAUGGAGGCUUGGGAGCGAGUUUGGGGUCGAUUGGACGAAGAUCGGACGUGUGGCGAGGUGCUAAGGAAGUUGCACGGGCAUUCCUGGACAUCACACGGCCGUGCAACUCACAUUUGCGGCCGUGUGGUUUUCAUCGAGAGCAUGCACGGGCAGGAUGGAAAUCCCGCACGGCCGUGCGACCCUGGCCGUGCGACCCUGGCCGUGUGGGAAGCCUAAGAUCGAACUAAUUGGAAUGCAGCGUUUUGACUCGCACGGGCAACUGGGUGAGCCACACGGCCGUGUGGCCUGCCCGUGCGAGUCGGGAAAUCUUGGUUUUUCAGCCAAUUUCGAGCCACAAGUGGGGGAAUCGGACUUUUGGGAGCAAAAACAGAGCCCUAGAGAGAGAAAGUACGAAGAACACAUCCUAGAAGCUAUCUUGGAGCUUGGUUUCAUCGAAUCGAGCUUGGAGAUCGUCCUAGGAGUGGAAAUCAUCAUCCCGGAGCAGAUUUUCCUCAUCCUUAUGAGUAUGACUACUCCGAUUACUGUUUUCUUCUCUCUCUCUAUGGAGUAGAACCCCUCUCUCACUUGGGGAUGAAGAACCCUAGUUCUAUGUGUUAGGGAUUGAUUGUAAUGACUUGGGAUGAUAUUACUGUUUGAUUUUAAUCGAAUGAUGCAUGUUUAUUGAGUCAAUUGAAGUCUGAUCAGCUUUUCCUGAUUCCUGCUGCAAUCUGAGAUAGAUAGAAUCUGAUUAGGUUGUUAGAGUCUCAUCAUUCGGUAGUAGGAGAUUGGCUAUACGAGAGUUAGCCAGUUUACUGCUUUGUACUGGAAUCCAAUUCCAGUAGUGGAGUUCUGUUCUUACUGCUUCAGCUUUCUAUCCCGGUGAAGACUAGUCGUCUGCCGGGUAGUUAGCCUGAGAGGGCUUGGUCAGCUUAAGAGAUUCCAAGCUACUGCCGGAUCUUCCGCAGUCAAAUCGACAGUAAAUCAACCCAGGGAAAUACAAUUGAAACCUAACU